AUGGAGAGUGGAGCUCAAACUCCACUGAAUCAUGAGGUGACCAUUCACCCUCCAGGUGAGGAUCAAGUUCCUUUUGACUUGUCCAACGUUACAGUUAAACCUGUGGAUGUGGAGGUUACCAUAACUUCAGAGCCUACCAAGCAGACUGAAUCUUCCAAAGCCCAGCAGGAGGCCCCAGCUCAGCCUCCAGAGGUGGAACCUUCUGCGAGCCAGGAGGAGGCCCCGACUGAGCCUCCAGGUCCUCCUGUGGAACCUGAACGUUCCCCCGGUGAGCAGGAGCAGCCAGCUCAGCCUUCUAUUUCUUCUGGGAAGGCUGAAUCUUCUCCAGCCCAGCAGAAGGCCCCAGCUCAGCCUCCAGAACAUCAUGAAGUGACAGUUUCACCUCCAGGUCACCGUCAAGCUCAGCAUUCAGAUUUGCCCAAUGUCACUAUUAGGCCUCCAGACAUGCAGCUCACUAUAGCAGCAGAGCCUACUGCAGAGGUGGGAAGUUCUCCAAUCCACCAGGAGGCUACAGCUCAGCUCUCAGGGCCAGGGAAUGAUGUAGAACCUUCUGCCACCCAGCAUGGCGGUGCACCUCUGCGUCCAGAGUCAUCAGAAGAUGCUGGACCUUUAGCAGGUCAACAGGAGACUUCAGUUCAAUCUCCAGAACCUGUUAAUAAUGAGAACCCCUCUCCAACCCAGCAGGAAGCUGCAGCUGAGCAUCCACAGACCCCUGAGGAGGCUGAGUCUUCUCCAGCCCAGCAAGAGGCCCAACCUCAGACUCCAGAUCCCCCUAAGGAGGUAGAACCUUCUCCAGUCCAGCAAGAGUUCCCAGCUGAGCCACCAGAGCACCCUGAGGAGGUUGAACCAUCUGCAACCCAGCAGCAAGCCUCAGGUCAUCCUCCAAAGUCCACUGAAGAGGUCAGUCCUCCACUACAGCAGGAGAUACCAGCUCAGCCAUCAGAGCCACCUGAGAAGGUCAAACCAUCUCCAGUCCUACAGCAGACCCCAACUCAGCUUUUAGAGCCACCUAAAGAGGUAGAAUCCUCUCCAGUUCAGCAGGCAGGCCCUGCUCAGUCCUCAGAGGCCCCUGUGGUCGUAGAACCCUCUCGGACCCAGCAGAUGGCCCCAUCUUCACCUCCAGAGCUACCUCAGGAAAUGGAACCAUCUCUUAACUCAGCAGGGGGUUCCAGCUCAGACUCCAGAGCCCCCUAUGGAGGCAGAACCUUCUCCAAUCCAGCAGGAGGCCACAGUUCAGACUCCAGAGCCCCCUAUGGAGGUAGAACCUUCAAGCCAGCAGCUGGUCCCAGCUCAGCAUCCAGAGUCACCUAAGGAGGUUGCAGCUCAACCUCCAGUGCAUGAGAUGACAAUUCCAAUAGCAGGCCAGGACCAAGCCCAGAUUCCAGUAUCACCCAGUGUCACAUUUCGACCUUUAGACCUGGGACUCACCGUCACUCCAAAAUCCACUAUGGAGGCUGAGUAUUCUACAACCCCAAGGAAGACUACAGCUCCUCCAAAACACCCUGAGGUGAUGCUUCCACCUCCUGACCAGGUUCAGGCUCAGCACACAAACCUAACAGGUCAUAGUUCAACCUUUGCACCUGGAACUUACCACAACUCCGCAACCAUGUUUUUUUCCUCCAACCAUGAAGAACUCAACUCAGCUUCCAGAGACACCUACAGAGGUUGCAGCUCAACCUCCAGCUCAUUAUGAGGUGACAGUUCCAAUACCAGGUCAGGAUCAAGCUCAGCAUUCAACACUGUCCAGUGUCACAGUUCAGCCUUUGGGCCUGGGGCUUACCAUCACUCCAGAAUCCACGACAGAGGUUGAACUUUCUCCAACCAUUCAGGAGACCCCAACUUAGCCUCCUAAGGAAGUUGUACCCCAAUCUCCAGCAUAUCAAGAGGUAACAGUUCCAGCACCAGGUCAGGAUCAAGCUCAGCAUCCAAUGUCACCCAGCGUUAUAGCUCAACCUUUGGACCUGGGACUUACCAUCACUCCAGAACCCACUACAGAGGUUGAACAUUCUACACCCCCGAAGAAGAUUCCUCCCAAGCACCCUAAAGUGACACUUCCACAUCCAGACCAGGUUCAGACUCACCAUUCAAACCUGACUCAAGUCACAGUUCAACCUUUGGAUCUGGAACUUACCUUAACUCCAGAAUCCACUAUGGAGGUUGAACCUUUUCCAACCAUGCAGAAGACCCCAACUCAGCCUCCAGAGCUACGUAAGGAGGUUGUAGCUCAACCUCCUGUGUAUUAUGAGACGUCCAUGCCAACACGAGGCCAGGAUCAAGCUCAGCAUCCAACAUCACCCAGAGUCACAGUUCAACCUUUGGACCUGGGGUUUACCAUCACUCCAGAAUCCAUUACAAAGGUUGAACCGUCUACAGCCCUGAUGACUACAGCUCCUCCUCCAGAGAACCUUGAGGUGACACUUCCACCGCCAGACAAGGGUCAGGCUCAGCAUUCAAACCUGACUCAAGUCACCAUUCAACCUCUGGACCUGGAGCUUACCAUAACUAUAGAACCUACUAUAGAUGUUAAACCAUCUCCAACCACGGAGGAGACCUCAACUCAGUCUCCAGACCUGGGGCUUGCCAUCACUCCAGAACCCACUACAGAGAUUGGAUAUUCUACAGCCCUGGAGAAGACUAUAGCUCCACGUCCAGACCAGGUUCAGACUCAGCAUCGAAACCUGACUGAAGUCACAGGUCCACCUACUGAGCUAGAACCUACUCAGGAUUCAUUGGUGCAGUCUGAAAAUUACGCCCAAAAUAAGGCUUUAACUGCACCAGAGGAACAGAAGGCCUCCACAAGCACCAGCAUAUGUGAGCUGUGUACCUGCGGAGAUGAGACGCUGUCGUGUAUUGAUCUCAGCCCAAAGCAGAGGCUCCGCUGAGUGCCUGUGCCAGAGCCCAACACCUACAAUGGCACCUUCACCAUCUUAAAUUUCCAAGGAAACUAUAUUUCUUACAUUGGUGAAGAUGUAUGGAAAGCAUACAGUUGGACUGAGAAACUGUGAGUAUAUUCUCUCCAAAUAUGACAAAAAACUAACUGCAUUGUAAGAUCCUUCUUGGUACAGAAUUUUGAGGUCGGUACCUCUGAGAAAACAUGUUUCCC